AGGCCGCACUGCCACAUGGGAUUCCAAAUCGAACCAAAAUUGCGACGAGGUGAAACUUUUUCAGAAGUUUUAUUUGUUUUGUUAAAAAUUAUUUUGACUUAAAAUGUGAUUAUGACUGAUGGAAACUGGGCUGCAUUUCAAACACCUACGAAAAACCAAACCAGAAUGGGAGAUACAGAUGAUUGGGCUGACUUUGGUGGAUUUGAAUCUGCAGUUCCAGCUACCAAUCCCCAAGCUAGUACAACAUCUGGACUAAUCUCAUGGGCUGCUUUCCCUGCCACUAGCCCUGCCCCCCCAAGGGAAAUGAUACCAUGGGUUUCACCUGCGACACAGCCUGUGGCCCCACCCAUCGUGUCCAGCACUCAAGACUGGGGAAAUCAAGGGUCCUUGACCAACCAAAAUACCAGUCAGGCUAUUCUGGCCAAUCCGAUUGCUUUAGAAACUGGAUCAUCCAAUCAGAGUUCAGCAAUGGUAGCCAAUCAGAGCUCACAGUUUCCUACUGUUUGUCUUGAGGAAAAGUUCAGUACUGUUGCUGAGCCUAGGCUUAUGGCAGAGCCAUCAUCAAAAGCUAUUUCAAGUGAUGUAUUGGAAUUGAUGGCUGUACAGAUUUCCCCAGACAAUGAACUUUUAAAGGAGCAUAAACAAGAAGAGGAAUCGAGAAAGUCCUUAGAAAAAGAUAUUAGUGCUUUACAGGAGAAGUUGUCUUUAGCCGAUAAAGAGAGGUUAAGAAUGAGCAAAGAAAUUGAGUUGCUUGACAAUAAGAGCAGUGCUCUUGAAGAAGAGUCCAAGUCAUUGCAGGAACAGUUGGAAUUCCAGGAAAUGAAGUAUUCUCAGAUGCAGGAUGAGCAUGCCAAGCAAUUGCAGGACUUAAGGCAAGCGGGUCAUGAUGCAUUGGCAAUCAUUGUUGAAGAAUACAAGGAGUUAUCAAGGCAGGCUGUUCUACAGCAGCAGAAAGAGUGUCAGUUGGAGAUAAAAGAUUUGCUGGAGAGUGAGAGGGAAAAACUGAGGGAUACACUCAAGAAUCAGGAAGAAAAUACAGUCAAGGUGGUCGAAGAGGAAAGAGUGAAGAGUGCCGAGUCCAUGAGAAUGACUUUGGAAGCUGAGGCUGCAAAGCAUGAGAACAAUUUAAAAGACGCUUUAGCAGGGGAGAAAGAGAGAAGCAAACAGGCCAUUGAAAAAGCUGUACAGGAAAGUCUAGCAGAUGGUAAAAGAAACUUAGAGAAGACGUUAGUGGAAGAAAGAGCAAAACAUGCUGAAGCCAUGAAAGACUUGAUGGAAUCGACAGAAAGAAUGUUACAAGAAAGGAUUCAGAAUGCAUUGCAGGAAGAGCGGGAAAAAAAUAAGAAAUCCAUCCAGACUGUUGUUGACAGUGAGCGGGCUCAAGGAAGAGAGGCUGUAGAGGAGGCGAUCAACACCACGAGAAACAAGAUGACUGAGUACUUACAUCAUAAACAAGAGAUGGAUGCACAAGUUAGACUACGUCAGUUUGCCGCCAUGGAUUUGUUUCUUGAAGGUACUCGAGCUCAGCUUAAGAACCUGAUGGAGUCUACACAGACCAACGAUCACAAGAAUGAUACAGCUCAGGAAGCUGAUGGAACCGAGACAAACCAAAAAAACUUGAGAGCGAUGUAAAAGUCAUAAAAGAAAAUUUUAAUUAACAUAAGAAGCCACAACUUUCGGAACCAACAAGAGACGACAGAUAAAUCAACUUUGACAGGAGUACUUUGAUGUAUUUUUGUGUUUUUUAUUGAUUGUUUUGCAAGAGGUAAUAUAAACAAUGUCCUCAAGUAUUAACAAGAACCUUAUCAAAUAGCUUUUUUAACUUUUAUAAGAGACCAGUUCAUUAGGCAAUUUUAGUUAAACAGUUAUAUUAGAAAAAGUUACAAGAUCCAUCCACAUUCCACCCAUAGUCUCAACAUCCCGGGGGUGGAGGGGGGGCGGACUCCAAUAAAUAAAUGCAGACAGGA